AUGUCUCAGGUCCGCAAACCUGUCAGGCACCACCUGCCAUGACCUGCCUACACAUCCAUGCACGUGCACCACUACAGGUCACUUUUGUGAGGAGAGAGUAAUCUCAAUCUGCUCUGCUACGCUCUUUAAGAGGACACGUGUAUCCUGUGCAUCCUGCAAGGGAUCAUCAUGAUGAUGGUCAAGUGGCGGAUGCUGGUGUUGAUGACGUUCCUUCUCGUCGGCGGGCACACUCCGCCAUCCCCCACGAGGACCGAGCAUCACCACGACAACCAGCAGGCCCACAACCUCCAGCACGGCCCCUCUGAGCACGAGGUCUUCCUCAAGAAACUCGAGGCGCCCGCUGUGAGGAACGGCAAACACGGCUGCAUCGUAGAGUGGCAUUCUCCAUCCAACCGCUACGCAUGUACGUCUGCAGGGAGGGGUGGAAGAUGGCAGGGGAGGAAGGAUGCAUGGCGCUGAGACCUGCGCUGCUGUGCUGUGCGUACUGCAGGGAAUCUCUGUGCAGUGGGUCUCAUGGAGUGGUGCACUUCCCACAAUGCCACGGAGACCUUCUACUGCUUCAAAUUCAAGUUUGGCGUAGAUCUGCAAUGUGGCAACAUCUCGGCUCCGGCCAUAGCCACACGGACGAGUCGCGCCGGCUGGACAGGUGGGGAAACGCCGAUGGUGCCCAGCACAUACGCUUACACUCGUGUGUGCUGACUGUACUCGGUCAAUUCAGACGUCUGUGUGAGCUGUAGUGUGCUGGGCCGCAUGGGCGACAUGGAUUCGCCCAAUGGACCAGGACGCGCCGGUCAGCUAAUGAACGCCACACACGGACGAGUGCUAUGUCCAUGUGCUGGAUGCAUUUGUGUGCAGCUAAUUGUUCAGAGGUACUUCAAAGACGACCCACUUUUCCCCAUGCCGACCCUCUCUGA